AUGAAUAUGAAUGAAGGGUUGGUGCGCCUUUUCGACAACCAAUCUUCUAUUGAGAUGUCAGAAAUAGGACUGAAAGAAGGAGUGGUUGAUUUAUAUGUUGUGAAUGAACUUGAACCAGCACAUGAUGGUGAUGAAGUUGCAGAAGGUGCCGUGCUAGUGAGCCAGCUAACACAAGAGGAAGUUGCUGCUGUUGAUAUAGAAACUGAAGUGGAAGUCGAAGUGACUAAUGGUGAAGAGGAAACUGAAUUGGAAGUGAAUGAUGGUGAAGAGGAUAUGGCUAGUGGUGACGAAGAACAUGAAAAACAAGUGAAGGAGGAGAAGUCAGUUGCUACUACAAAGAAGAAUACUAGUGAAAAACAUCCAUUUAUAGAUAGUGAUUAUGAUCUAACUGAUGAUGAUGAAGAUGAAAUAAUGAAGAGUCAGGUGGAAUCUUGGAAGAAGCUUGUAAGUGAGAUGGAAACAAGGAAAUGUGAUGAAACUGAAGGCGAUUCAAGUUCAAGUGAGAACCUUCCUAGCGAUUCACCAAGUUCUGGGGAAGAUUUAGAAGGUGACGAUAGAGUGAAAACUCGAAGAUACAAUCCGGCGAUUGAUCUCAAUGAUGUCAAGUGGGAAAUUGGUUUGCGAUUUACUUCAAAGCAAGAUUUCACCGAACUGAUCCGCCAUCAAGGAGUGAAGAUGGGUAAAAAAUUACGUUUUAAGAAAAAUGAUAAUGCACGUUGCAUCGCAAUUUGCAAAUCUGUGCUCCAUGGUAAGAAUAGGGUUGCAUGUCCAUGGUAUGUUUCAAUCAGAAAUAGGAAUACAUAUGGUUACUGGCAGGUUGCACGUCUUAGGGAUAAACACAUUUGUGGUGGCUCUUCUUCAAACCAUGGAUGUGCUAAUUCCAAAUAUCUUAGCAAAAAAUAUAAAGAAGACAUUCGCAUUUUUCCUGGGAUGAGCAUUGGGCAAUUCAUUGAGAAGGUGCAUCAAGACAUGAGAAUCACAAUCACUUCAGGAAAGGCGAAACGUGCUAUCAAACAUGCACGUUCUUUGAUUGAAGCUGAUUUGAUACAGCAAUACAAAAGAUUGCAUGACUACAAAGCAGAAUUGUUAAGGUCAAACCCGGGCAGUACUGUGGUGUUAGCUACCCAACCACUGGAUGACGGAAAUAAAAAAUUCAAGGCUAUUUAUAUAGCAUAUGAAGCUUGUAAGACAUCAUUCAAACUUCAUUGUGGACGCAUUGUCGGACUUGAUGGGUGUCAUCUCAAGGGACAAGCAAAGGGUAUUCUCUUGACAGCCACUGGUUUGGAUCCAUAUGACCAAAUAUUUCCCAUUGCAUUUGCCGUUGUACAGAUUGAGAAUACAGAUACAUGGAGUUGGUUUGUGAGGCUUUUGGUAAAGGAUUUGGAGAUAAUUGAUUCCAGCAAGUGGACUUUUAUCUCAGAUAGACAAAAGGGACUUAUCAAUGCAAUUAAGAUUUGUUGUGAGACGGCAUGUGAGACGGUGGAUCAAUUUGUGGAUACUUGUUACUCAAAAGAAAGCUUUCAAAAGGUUUACCAACCUAUUAUUUAUCCGGUUGAAGGUCCUGACUUAUGGCCUAAGACGACAAAGCCUGAUGUCGUCCCACCUGAAAUCAUCAAACUUCCAGGCCGUCCAAAAGGAGCAAGACAAAAAACAUUUGAAGAACGAAGGGAAAUAAACAACAAAAAGGCGAACACAAGAAAAGUUAAAAUAUGUGAGUUAUCGAAUGGAGUGCAGAAGAUGUCUAGGAGUGGAAUGAUGUCUGACUACACAUGUCGUAAAUGUGGUGAAAAGGGUCAUAACAAGAGGAAAUGUCCCCAGCUCAUUCCUCUUGAAUCAGAACGUGUUGAUGAAGUUAGCAACCCCAAAGAUACACAAGAAUGUGGGAAGAAGCGUAGGCGUAAUCGUCCACAACAUUGUAGCUUGUGUUAUCAACCGGGUCACAACAGGUCACGAUGUACAAGUUCAGUUGCUGAUAUGUACAAUAAGCAUACUUCUUCAAGUGUGUUGGCUGGAACUUUAAGUGGGCGGGCUGGAACUUCAAGUGCACCAGCAGCCGGUGAACUCUCGGGAAGGGCCACCGGCGUUCAAGCAACCGAAGAUGCCGCUGGGGGAGCUGCUCGGGUAUGGAAACAUGCUGGUGGCAGUGCUAUAUAAUGUCAAGAGAGUGCAGUUGGUCUAACAAAUAUUUGAAGGAUUUUACUUUUGGAGAUGCUAACUAGGAUGCUAUUGAGAGGGGAGCUUUCAUGCCUUUAAUUUACCAUUUUUUUGCUACAAACAACUUAUAAUGAAUGUAUCGUCCUUAUCAUCGAAAAUGCUCUAGCUGCCUCUGUUUGCAGAAAAUUUGUUUUUUUUUUCCUUUCUUUUUUUGUUUUGCCUAUCUUCAAUAUG